GCUUCCUUCUACUACCCCAGCAAUACCUACAGCCCUGGAACAUUGGCCAUGCCAAAAAGUUAGGCUUUCUUUCCAUUCAUUCAUUCAUUCAUCAGCUAGCAAAGCAAAGCAUUUUCUCAGCUCAAGUUGCUUGCUCCUCUUCUUUCUUUCUUCCUCCUCCCCUUCCCUUUCAGGACUCCUCCCCCCACAUCAGUAGCUUUCACUGCCCAAACCCUCUUUGUGGGUGGCAACCCUAGAUUAUUAAUGUCCUCCUCCUCAUCAUCACCAUCUCCUCCUCUUCUUCCUCCCCUGCUUCUCUCUCCAGAUUCUCUUCUCAUCUGGUCCCUUCCUUCCCCUGCUUUGCUUGCUCAGCUAGCUGAUCGCACGUGGGUAGGGUGAGUGUGUGUGCGUGUGUGGAUGGGAGUCCACGCAAUGUCGUGCCACGGCGGCGGCGGCGGUGGCGGCGAAGGGGCACUGUCGCGGCAGGGGUCGGUGUACAGCCUGACGCUGAACGAGGUGGAGAGCCACCUGGGCGAGCCGCUGCGGAGCAUGAACCUGGACGACCUCCUGCGCACGGUGCUCCCCGCCGCGGCGGCGGCGGCGGAGACGGCGGGGAGGAAGACGGUGGACGAGGUGUGGCGCGACAUCCAGGGCGCCAGCACCGGCCGGCACCACGCGACGCCCAUGGGCGAGAUGACGCUCGAGGACUUCCUCUCGCGCGCCGGCGUCGCCGUCGACGGUGCCGCCUCCGCCGCCGGCGCGCAUUGGCUGCGUGGGCACUACCCGCCGCCGCCGCCGCCGACGACGACGACGCUGCAGUACGUGGGCGGCUCCGGGGCGGUGGUGGACGGCGUGUAUAACCGCGUGGACGGGCACGGCGUCGCGGGGUUCCUCUCGCAGGUGGGCGUGGCGGGGCGGAAGCGCGGCGGCGGCGUGGACGGCGUGGUGGAGAAGACGGUGGAGCGGAGGCAGAAGCGCAUGAUCAAGAACCGCGAGUCGGCGGCGCGGUCCCGAGCACGGAAGCAGGCAUACACGAACGAGCUCGAGAACAAGAUCUCGCGGUUGGAGGAGGAGAACCAGCGCCUCAGGGAGCACAAGGCUGUUGCUGAUUUCUCAACAUUCCCUAGCUGCGUCGAUUUCCUGAAAGCAUUCUUGACGCAGAAGCUGGAACCAGUAAUGCAGAUUGUGCCCCAGCCGGAGCCGAAGCAGCAGCUGCGACGAACUACUUCGGCCUCUUUCUAAUCAACCAACCACAAUGUUCAUAGCGAAAUGAUUUAAACUCGAUCUCUGUAGGAAAAUCAAUGGGGGUUUGUACUUGGGGAUGCUGGCUGUUGUGAACAAGAGCUGAAACGACGAACUCUUUUCUUAACUAUCGAUCUGCACGUCUCUUCCUCUUGCAAAUUUCACUCUGUGGUUAAACUUUCAA